GUACUACAUUGAAAUGUACAGACUUUUCAGUGACGUAUGUUAUUUUGUGUACUAUCAGAAUGCAAGAAAAAUAGAUAUACCUAAUAAAAUACUACAUAUAUUUUAUACUUUGUUUCUUAAUUGUUAAAUUUUUGAGAUGUUAUCACUAGGAUGUCUGCUUUAUUAUGGUGUAUUACUGGCUAUUCCUAUUAUACUUUUGUUUCUUGUAAUAAUAUACAUGAUAAGUGAACGGUAUCCCAAAAUCUCAAGGGAUGAAAGCGAGAAGUUCUUCUUUAACUGUCAAACAAAGAGAAUGGAGGCAUUCCCUUCGUUGCACGAUCCCUGGAGCAUACAUCUCAGUGUCAUUGUACCCGCUUAUAAUGAAGAGCAAAGACUGCCACCAAUGCUGGACGAAUGCUUGGAGUAUUUGGAAGAACUCCACAAGUCUGGAUUAACUUAUGAGGUGAUAGUAGUUAGUGAUGGCAGUACAGAUAAGACUGUAGAUUUGGCACAUCAUUAUGCCUCAAAAUACAAUACUUUAAGAGUAUUAAACCUUGUGAAAAACAGAGGGAAGGGUGGUGCUGUGAGAUUGGGUAUGCUGAGUGCAAGAGGCAGCGCUUUAUUAUUUGCAGAUGCAGAUGGUGCUACAAAGUUUAAAGAUUUAAAGAAGUUAAACGAAAGUUUGGUUAAAGUUUUAGGAUUUGAUUACAUGAGAAAACCCGAGGAAACAGCAUCAUCUGAUGCGAUAAUAUGUGGAUCACGGGCGCAUUUGGAAAAGGAAGAAACUGCCAAACGAUCCUUCUUCCGACUCUUUCUUAUGCACGGAUUUCAUUUCUUAGUCUGGUUGUGGUGCGUUAGGGGUAUUAGGGACACACAGUGCGGAUUCAAACUUUUAACGAGAAAAUCAGCGAGAACGAUAUUCGAAGCGUUGCAUGUCGAACGUUGGGCAUUUGACGUAGAGAUGCUUUACAUCGCACAGACACUUAACAUUUCCAUGACCGAAAUAGCAGUAAAUUGGACAGAGAUCGAGGGCUCCAAGAUAGUACCAUUUUGGAGCUGGUUACAGAUGGGCAAGGAUCUAUUCUUUAUCUGGCUUAGAUACAGAAUUGGAGCAUGGAAAAUAAAUAAACCUAAAGCGACUUAAUGUAAACACACAUAAAGAGUCCGUCAAAAAAUCUCGAUUGAGUUUCCUAUUUUCUAUUUCUUUGUAAAGAUAUUUUUAAUAAUGAAAUAUAUCAUUAAAAUUAUACAUAA